AUUGCCCACUGUCUAUCUCCUGCCCCGUCGCAUGCAGGUGGUGUGUGAUAUGAUUUCCGUGACCGAUCCUGUCUUUCUACAUCGACCCCUCCACCUCUUCGGCCGAUCAUGAGCAACAACUUCGACGACCACCCCCUCGGCCAGCUGCCCGACAUGCCGCCGUCUCCGGGUCCUGUGCUCUACAACCCCCUCGAGGACUGGCCCGAGGAUGGCGGUGGCGAGUUUGACAUGGACUACGAGCCGGACGAGUAUGACCCGAAUGAAUCCGACUUCGAGCCGGACGACGACGACGAAGACGACGACGACGACGACCCUGAUGUGGAUGCGCACGGUGACAACCAGCACUUCGACCCCGAACUGCAUCUAGGCAAUAUCCAGAUCGAAUUCGCCCUGGACGAGCCGGGCCGGACCGAGGAUGGCGAGGCUCCCCAGCAGGGGAGACACAGUAGAGUUUCCACCGCCCGAUUACUGAAUCUGUUGGCCUCGAACGGCCUGAGCCACAUCCUCCACCAUAACGGAUUACACGACGCUUCCGUGCCGGACGACGAUGACGACGAUUAUGAAUUCGGUUUCUUCGGCUAUCGACGCAGGCCGCGACGAUCCGGGGCGCAGUCCCCCAAGGUCCCGAGCGAUGAAGGAGCAGAGCUGAUGGGGUCCGGGCAUUUCGGAGACAACCCCUACUACGUUGACAGGUUGAAGCAGCGGAAAUCCGCCCUGGCGUCCAAGAUCAUGUGGCGAGAGCUGGGGCUCGAUGUGUCCCCGGCACAGAGGCGGAACGUGCGGGCCAUAACCCAGGAACUUAUUCCUGGUUCCACCGCCGACAAGACGAUUCACUUCGACUCGCGGUGCUACUCCGGACAGUUCUCGGAUGACGGCAACUUUUUCUUCUGCUGCGCCCAGGACUUCAAGGUCCGGAUGUACGACACCUCCAACCCGUUUGAGUGGAGGUACUACAAAACGGUGGACUAUCCGUUUGGGCAAUGGACCAUCACCGACGCCACACUCAGUCCGGACAACAAGUUCCUCGCAUACAGUUCGAUCCGGAAUCUGGUCUGCCUGGCGCCUACGGACCCAUCCGACGUUUCGGACCCGGCCAUUCUGGACCUGUCCUCGCUUUCGGGACGAAGGGCCGGGCGGGGGAUCUACGGAAAUUCUCACUUUGGGAUCUGGUCCCUUCGAUUUUCGGGCGACGGUCGGGAAAUUGUGGCCGGUACAUCCGAUCAGUCGGUGAUCGUCUACGAUCUGGAAACACGACAGUCGGUGCUGCGGUUGCAGAAUCACGAAGACGACGUGAACGCCGUCUGCUUUGGAGACUCAUCGUCGCCGCAUAUCAUCUACUCGGGCUCGGACGACACCACGCUGCGCGUGUGGGACCGACGGUCCAUGGGCGAUGGACGGGAAGCCGGCGUCUUCAUGGGGCACACGGAGGGACUGACCUACGUGGAUAGCAAGGGCGACGGCCGCUACGUACUGUCGAACGGCAAGGACCAGUCCAUGAAGCUGUGGGACCUGCGGAAGAUGAUGACGACCGCCAAGUUUGACACGGUCGACGUCAACAGCUUCACGACGGGCUACGACUACCGGUUCGAGCCGUAUCCCGACGACUACUACGAGCCCCACCCCCACGACUGCUCUGUGGUGACCUUCCGGGGCCACCGGGUCCUCAAGACCCUCAUUCGGUGCCAUUUCUCGCCCCCGGGGAGCACCAACUCGCGAUACGUCUAUACUGGCAGCGAGGACGGGAAGGUGCAUGUGUAUAACAUGGACGCGACCCUCGCGGGCACGAUCGAUGUCGGGCAGGCAACCGUGAACACGCGCCCGCGCGAUCCCGAGAUCUUCACGACUGCGUACGAGAUCCGGAGCAGCCGCAGUGACGUGAUGUGGAAGACGUGUGUUCGGGACGCCAGCUGGCACCCCAACUCGCCUGUUCUGGCCGCGACAUCUUGGAAUGGCUGGGGAUUGUCCACGGGCACCUGUACCUUGCACACGUGGAAUGACGGGGUCGAUGGCGACGAGGGCGACCCCCCGGUGUCGGGCAACUACGACAGCAAGCUGAACCCCAUGCCGGAAUUCGACAUGUUCAAGGAGACGAUGAAGCGGCGAAGCCGGCCAGCGCUGCCGGUAAUCGACCCGGAAGAUCCGUAUGCCGACAUAUGGUGA